AGCUAAUAAAUAUGCUGUAAGAGACAUGCUAUACUAUUUAUGGAAGAGUACUUUGAUUACAACAGAAGAAAUUGAUAAAUUACAAGUACUCGGAUCGCAUAAAGAAAUGCAACAACUUCGCGAAAAUCUAUCCAUCUUUACAUCAACAUUGAUAGAUACUCGUUGGAGAUUGAAAUUUCAUAUGGGACUUUAUUUUUUUGAAAAUGUUGGUACGCCACAAGACGAGUCUGAUCCCUCUGAUGUAAAUAAAUUAGAAUCUGUAAUCUCUCAAACACCGAGUUUUCCACAUCGCAUCACAGGAGACACAUUUUUUUAUAAAAGAGAUAGUACCUCCGAUGAAAUUAAAGUUAAAUCUGACAGUAGUUCGGAGUCUGGCUUAUUAAGCAGAAAUAAACGCAGAAAAUGUUCACGAAUUACUGCAGAAAAGACGGAUCAUCUGACAACGAAAGAUAAACUAUCCUUAAUAAAUUUAAUGUUAGCCUCGAAAGAAAGUCUAAUUGUACAUUGUUUAUGGAAAGGCAAUUUUCAGAAAGCGCAAGAGGUAGUUGAGAUGUUCCAUAUGGAAAACACACAAUUGGAUGGUGAGAUUCGAUUUUCAGAAGCACUACACACGUUUAAGCAGAAUCUAUAUAAACACAUUCGUACUUUAGACACAAUAGAUUCCUUUAAAGAAAACUCAAAAACUUCUACACUAGAGAAUAUAAAAUUUGCUGCACAGGAAGGUGUACAGUCCUCUAAAUAUAUCAACCAACUUGAAACAUUUUUAGCAUCUCAACAAGUACAUUUACUAAUAUUAGAUACAAAUAUUCUACGUAGCAACGAAAUAUUAACUUUUAGCGCGCUAGAUUUAAGUUUGACUAUGGGCCAAACGUAUCAGAUCUCGAGUAAUCUAUGUGAUGUAGCGAUGAAGUAUCUAAAACUCUGUGAAACGUUUGACAGCACAGGGCAUGCGAAUUUUUUUUCAAAAAUUUAUCAAUUGUUUUACGAAAAUAGAAAUAAUGUGUCUGUGAACGUUAUACUGUGUGAUGUCAGAAUUCCAUUAUAUAUAAAGGAAUGGAGAGAAAACGAUGCCACUUGGAACGAAUUUGAAAAUAAUUAUCAUAUGCUAUAUGACUUCAAAAGAAUAGAGAUUAUGGAGACGCAGUCUUGCAGCAAUAAUUAUAUUUUAGGAUUAAAAACGAUAGAAAAAAUAUCCAAUAUUUUUGAUAGCGAGAAAUAUCUUUACAACAUUUACUUGUAUCUACAGCUUAUAUCUACUAUCAUUCCAGACGACACUAAUAUACAAACAAUAUCUGAUUUAUUAAAGACUCCAUUACAUCAUUAUUUUGGAUAUCAGAUAUUCGAUUUGAAUACGGAACCAGAUAAGCUCGAAAAGGUCGCUUCUAAUUUGCAAGUGAACUUAAUAUACAGUAUCCUUGUAAACGCAUAUCCGAAUAUUUCUUGUUAUGAUAAAAAAAAGUGCAGUAGUAUCAAAGAUUCGGAAUACAUUAUACUGAAUAAAAAUCAAGAAGAAUUGGAUGUAAAAAAUGUAAUAAAAAGACCAAAUCAAUAUAUUUCGGAAAUAUUGGCAGAACUUCUACAGAUUUUAUGCAACAUAAGUUCAGGACGAUCUCAUUUGGAUAAUUCGUAUUUGAGAAGUAUUUCUGAUCAUACAGAUAUACGAAUGAUUCUAAACAAAACAUCAAAUCUUAUCAAUCUCGAUCUCGGCGAAUUAUCUGUAGGAGACGAAACAUUGACAUUUUUUUUGAAUGUUUGGAACGUUAUGUUUCUUCAUGCGAGUUUAGAUGUAUGGUCCAAAGAUCCGCCUCUCGAAAGUUUGAGACAUACGAUUUCAUUGACAUCGAUCGGUUAUAUAAUUGGUGAUUUGGGCUUAGUGACACUCGCUGCUCUUCGAUCAAAAUUAUUGGGUAAGCUCGCGAACGAUAUUAAAUUCUUCACGCGAGUGGAAGAGCUCAACGAAUUGGCAUGGCAGGAUUUAGAUCUUGUGCAAAAUCCAAGGAUUAUCUUCGCCAUGGCUAAUGAGUUUUACGGCACGCCUGAGAUUCGUGCUAGAGAAUGCAGUUGCUGCAAGGCUGUGAUAUUUUCAAUGUUUAACAGACGACAUCACUGUCGACGAUGUGGCCGUGUUAUUUGUGCUAUGUGUUCUCGGCAUCGUAUGCAAGUUGCUGGUUAUCCCAGUUCCGUGUUGGUACGCGUGUGCGAUGAUUGCAAACAUCAAACGAUAUUACAGAUGCGUGCGGCGCAAGGUGUUCCAUCGACAUCCAGUAAUGAGCUAUUUGAUUAUUGGCGAUUGACAAAAGAUGAAAAACAUAAUCACACCAUAAGAGAAGAGUUCUCAUUUGAAUACGCGCCAAAUAUUUCGCUGUGUCUUGCUAUUCUUAACUUAUAUUGCGAUUCUAAAAUAUAUACCAGUUUCUUAUUAGACCGUUGCGAUGAGAUGAAGCGAUUACUCCAACCCGUUAGUGGCGACAGGAUAAAUCCCGAAAUCGAUCAUGCGGUAAUCAUCAAGAUGAUACGUUCUCUGUUAACUGCAGCUAAAAUGAAAUGCGCGAAAUUUGGAUUUAAUACUGGCCUCGCGCACUGCGAUCGAUUCUUAUCGCAAGUGGAUCUAAUUGCAACUCUAGUCCAAUCCGAUUGUGUGACUCUUAUACCGAUGGACGAUCUCGACGAGCACACGCUGAGGAAAUUGCGUGAUCUCCUCACCGAGAAGGAGCGUUGGACGUUGGCGUUGGACGUCAGCACAAAGGCAGGAUUGGAUACACAGGGUGUGUGGGCCGCUUGGGGAAAAACUUGUUUGAAGGUGGGACAUUUAGAACAAGCAAAAGAGAAGUUUCAACAUUGCCUUGAUAAAAUUACACAUGAGGAUCUUGACGAUUGGGUCAUGCUAUUUUAUCCCAAGGAGCUGAUCGAAAGUCCUAAGAAAGAGUUAACGGUAAAAAUGACGCAGUCCACGCAGAAGGAGAACGAAAUAUCGGAUGAGGAAAAACAAGCGUGCAAAACUGAUCACUUGAGAAGAAACGAAUAUUUUAAAUGUCGACCGCUAAAAGAUCCACCAUUGCUAACGGAGAUUCUACAAAUAUUAGAUACUUUAAGCAUUUAUCGAUCCCGAACACAACAUCCAAGUCCGCAAUCCAAGUCUGAUACGGCGCAAGAAAUCCUGCAAACGCUCAAUAGUCUGAAAGCUGUUAGCCAAAAUCAAUUUAACGUUAAAUAUGUAAUACCCGCUAAUCAAACGGUUUAUUAUCAAGAAAGUUUGUAUUAUCUAUUGGCAUACGGAAGUUACACCUCUAUUUUACAAUUUUUCUUGAGACAUAAAGAGUUUGAUAAAUGUCUUGUAUAUAUCUUAGAUAAUAACAUAGAACGUGAUCUAUUUCUUAAUAGAGUUUAUUUGUACUGUUUGAAGAACGGCCACGUUGAGAAACUUCACAAUGCGAUGAGGACGAAAGAUCCUACUUUAAUUACUUGGCGGAAAUAUUUAAUAUCCGUCUGUCAUUUCAUGGAAAGAAAACAAUAUUGGCAUAUUUUAUAUCAGAUACAGCUCUUUAUGAGAGACUAUGUACGAGCAUCGAUAACGUGCAUCCGUUUUUAUACCAAUGAAGCGAAUACUUAUUCAGACUUGCACAACAGGGCGCAUCUGUUACAAGAUGCUCAAAAGCAUUUGGAAUUGGAAUUGCAGACAGAGAGCUUGACUAAAAGAAGAAAAAACAUAAACUUUGAUCACAGCAGUCAAAAUACUUUAAUGAUGGAACCCUCAGAGAUAGACAGACAUAUAAACACUAUAUGCAGACAGAUGGAAAUCGUCAAGUUUCUAACAAACUGUGAAAAAGAGGAAAGAUCUUCAACUGAAUUUUUUAAUCUCUUUCCAGAUAUUGACAGCGAUAAUUUUCAGACACUUCAGUUACCUACAUUAUUUGGCAACCAACAACAGAAGAUACAUCUAGCCGUUUUAGCUAUAUUAUGCGGUCGCGAUAUUGAAGAAGGAUUUGGCAUAGCUUUCAGAAUAAUGCAAGAUUAUAAUCUUCCACAACAGAAGGUGUAUUCUUUAGCUGGCCAUGUGUUAGCUUUAAAAAAUAAUAUAGCUGCAAUUGAGCAAUUGAUCAAGUGUUGCCGUAGCUCUGGAGCACCUAAUGCCCACAUUAUUUCGGAUCAUGUUUUGGCACACUGUGUGAAAUUAUUGUUAACUCAUUCAUACACUGAACAGAUUCCAACAAUCAAACAUCACAUAGAUAUUUUAAUCAGGCUAAUAAUCGACACAGAAUUAAGAAUAAAUGCAUACAUUGAAAAUAAACAACUAAAAGCUGCAUACUUGCUUGCAGUGAAGUAUUCUAGAGCACAAGAUAUAAGGAGGAUCUUAAAAGAAUCAGAUAGACUUGGUCAAAGUGCAAUUAAAGCAAUAUGCUUAAAAUGGCUACAACAAAAACCGAAAAAAUAAGUUUGAAUCUAUUCUGACAAAAAAAAUUGAAAACAAAUAUGUAAUAAUCUAUAUGCAGGAUGUUCAAAAAUUUCGAAAUUUAAAGACUUGCUACUGAAAUGUCUAAUCAAUAAAAAAUUAAUCUUUAUCAGAAAUAAAAAU